AGAAAAUAAACCCGUACCGUUCUCGGUAGUAACGCGGCCGGGGUCGGCGUCGAAUGAGACUCAAAUGGCUCUCAGUAACACAUCUCAAAUAACGCGCGCCAGUCUCUUUUCUCUUUCCUGUGAUCUCAAUACACCCCCUCCUCCAAUCCCAGGUGCGCUACUAAUUAGCUACAUAGUUGUGCCCUCUUUAAUCCCCCAAUUCGAGCCGCCGCCGCCGCCAUACAUGGCCCCUCCAACCCUCUCAAAUCAUCCAACCCCUCGCUCCCCACUGGUCCUGGUCCUAAUGCAGUGAGCGCAAGACCAAUACACCCCUGCUGUCUUGUCCGUUGUCCAGAACAAGAUCAAAUCUCGACAGACCUUGCGCGCUUGUCUCUACGUACAUAGUUGCCGCCCUACCAGUGCCACCACGACUAGGUACACACUACGAUGGCCCACGACCUCAUCAAGGACCCUCACUACUCCAUGUUCAUGCAUGGUCCGUUUUAGAGACGGGGUUUGGCUUAGGUAUAUAUCAUAGUCCCGUUCCCCGUCUUCACCCCAGGCUGUUAUCAUCGCCACUACCUCUUUUCCUCCUCCUCGCCCUUCUUCUGCCGGCCAAUUCCUCUUGUCAUGGCCAUCUUUGAAUAAUUCCCUUUCCCGUCAUUGUAUAUUAUCCCGGUGCCUCGAGUCUUGCAACGGUGCGACUGUGUCUCUCGUGCAUAGUGUGUUUGCUUUGAUACUUCCAGCGUCUCUGAUUCACUUUCACCACAACACAAUCAUCUUGGACGGUCAACCACUAUCAAUUCCAGAUUACGAGACACAGACUCCUGUUUUGAAAUCACUUAUAAACCCCUCCUCGCUCUUACUCUUUCGAAUCUCUACCCUCGUUGUGCAGUACCCAUCAGCAGCCGUGUAUCACAAGAACAUCUCUGCCCAUCGCGGCAUCAACAGCACUUCCUUCCAUCUACCAACCUCAUUGGAUUUCGAAACUUUAACAGCUUCAGCAUGUCUGAAUCUGAGAUUCAAAGUAUUGGGCGCAGCCAUCUUCCUGGCCUUGCUGGGUUAUUAGCACUGCCAAUGCCUUCUUUCAACUUUUGGUAUUCAACUACCUUUUGGCUGUACCUCUUUGUAGGCCUUUGGGUUCAUCGCUAUCUCCGUCUUCUAGUUCAUUGCGUCAGCCAUUGGACAUAUAAGUCGAAGCCCAUCCCCAGCAAACCGACAUUCACGAGUAAGGAUGUGACUGUGGUUAUCCCAACCAUUCACAAUGCUUUCGAGGAGCUGCGCCCUUCUAUUGAGAGCAUUCUCGCUUGUGAGCCUGCCGAGCUGAUUCUGGUCACAACGCAUGAUAAGCGAAAAGACCUCCAGCGCCUGGCAGACUCCCUGGUUUUCCCCAAAGUCCGUGUUCUGGAUACUCCUAUUGCCAACAAGCGCCUGCAGGUGUGUGAGGCGCUCCCCAAGGUCGAGACUCCCAUCACUAUCAUGGCGGACGAUGAUGUGACCUGGCCCUCGACUCUUAUGCCCUGGAUCCUCGCUCCAUUUGAAGACCCUCAAAUCGGCGGUGUAGGAACUUGUCAACGAGUACGACGGGAGCAUGAUGGCUCUUGGUCAACCAAGGCCUGGAACUGGCUGGGUGCAGCUUAUAUCGAGCGUCGAAAUUUUGAGAUAUCAGCCACCCACAAUAUCGAUGGUGGCACCUCAUGCAUGUCUGGCCGUACCGGCGCCUACCGCUCUGAAAUCCUCUCUAGUCAUGACUUUCUCCACGGCUUCAAGAACGAGAAGUGGAGAAAGUGGAUUUUGAAUGCUGACGACGACAACUUUGUGACUCGUUGGCUGGUAAGCCACCAAUGGAAGACAUGGAUCCAGUACGACAAGGAGUGUGAGAUCGAGACAACUUUGGAGAACAGCACCAAAUUUUUGUAUCAAUGCUCUCGUUGGGCCCGAAGCAACUGGCGAAGCAACUGGACCAGCAUGGUCACUGAACGCUACAUUUGGAAGCAACAGUUGUGGUGCACAUAUGCUCUUCACUUCGCGACUUUUACUUCGCUGGCUUUUGUCGUUGAUCCGCUUCUCUUAGCUUCAUGCUGGUGGGGAACAGCGGACUGGGAUAUCCAGAAUCGCCGAUACGCAUUCUGGACUCAGUUUAUCUUCAUGUUUGCGUUCACCAAGGUAGUCAAGCUGAUGGGUCUGUUUAUUCGAAACCCAAGCGAUAUCAUGUUCUUGCCUGUUUCCGUCAUAUUUGGAUAUUUCCACGGAUUGAUCAAGCUGUACGCCCUGAUCACUUUGAAUAUGACUUCAUGGGGUAGCCGAGCGGAUGGAGAUGCAAAUGAUGAGCAGCGACUUGCUCCCGCCCCGCAGCCUUCAAUCGUUCUGAAGACGCCUCCUGGCAAGGGAUCGCUUAUUCGAUAUAACGCCCGUCAAAAGGGACGGCAACCUCAGGCACAGCAAGUCGCAUGGGAAAAGAGCGACUAUGCCGCCUACGAUUCAAGCACCUCGUAUGUGCCCAUACGAGUGCAUACACCAAUGGCAAUGAUGCCAAACACCACCAAGCUGCACACGAACGAAACUUCGAUCAAUUCACAGUGUUGGGUAAUCUGACCUGGCGAUGAAACGAUUUGAUGAGGCCAUGAAUAACGUUUUUCAUUUUCACGUGGAAGUUAAUUGUCCAUGACCAAUGGUUAAAUGGAACGACGAAAAUCUUCCUAUCUCUUCUCUUUUAUUACUUCUUGCACACCACACCACAGCCACCACAAAAAAAAAAGGACGGAUUGGGGACACAGAUGGAAGGCCUUUCAAGAGGCCGGUUGGGCAAAAGUUCUUGCUUCUUAGGGGGAUGAUGAUUAUGCUUUUCCAGUCGACGGCCGCUGACGAGGUUGAGAGUGUCACCUCCUUGGAAUGAGAUAUUUCCGAAGCAGAUGAUAGACACCUGGUAAUCUGAACAGCGAGCUUUGCUGGGCCAAACAUAUUUUUUUUGGUGGGAAAGCAGUCAAGGCUAUCAUGACUACUAGCUUCUUGACUUGCUAACAAAACCCGAGCAAGAGUCUCUUCCCUCGUUUUGUAACAAUUUGGGAUCAUUUGGGACUGGGUGGAGGCUAUUCUAGGUGGUGUGUGAGAUUCACAAAGGGUACACAAAGCAUAGCUAGCUUUAAGGCAUGUGAGAGUGAUAAUCAAAACAUUGGGAGAUGUCUCCUACCUGACAA